CGCAGUCCAUUAUUUUCUCCUAACCCAAACAAUAGAAAGAAAGCCCUCCAAAAUUCUAAUAUUCCCAGAUUUCUCUCAUUCUUUCUCAUCAAUUCCCGAGAAACAAACAAACAAAGUCUCCUUAUCGCAACUCUCCACAUGUUGCCUAAUGUAAUUAUUAUAUAUACGUAUAUUUGAUAGCCAGAAUCUCUGAGUUUAUCCACUUGCCUCGUUUCUAGCACUGCAAUUCCAAAAUUUCUAGCAUUUUAUCGGUUUAGGGUUUCGCGUUUUUCUUCUUGGGAGAGAUGAGAAGGCAGCAGGAUCAGCAAUCUAGGGUUUUCUAUGAGCUCUCUGCUCUUGUUCUCAAUCUACUGCGAUCUCCGCCCUCGCCGGCACCGUUUUCGGAGCACUCACCGGAGGUGUACACGUCGAGGCGGCCGACGACCACGCAGAUCUCUCCGGCCGGGUUCGCGUCGCUGCUUCUGGGAAUUUCGCUGGCUUUGAUGCUCUGUGGGUCGGUCACGUUCUUUAUUGGAUUCAUCUUGAUGCCCUGGGUUCUUGGGUUGGUCAUGGUCUUCUAUUUUGUCGGAAUUGUUUCGAAUCUAUCGGUGUUGGGCCGGGCGAUUAUUUGUCAGGCCACCGCUCCGGCCAAGCCGCGGAAGGAGAUUCCAGCCUGGAAACUUUUGUGAAGAGAAAAGUUGGUUUGAGGAGCAGCUGGAGAUGAGCUAGCCGCACUGCUGUUCUUGUGAUUGGUGCUGCCUCCAGCAAUUUACGAAAGGGAGGAAUGUACUGAGCAUUUCCAAGUAUUUGAUGCAAGAACUGUGGAUAAGUGUUCUUUAAGAUGCUACUGAAACAUGUGGGGAUAUACGCCUUCUUAAUCAUCAAGUAGAAAAGGCGAAUAUUUAAGGGUCUUUUUUAUCUUUUGAGGAACUAAUAUCUAAUUAGUUCUUGGGAAACAGGGAGGGGCUGUUCUGUUAUAUUCUAUUUCAUCUCUAUUGAUCAAGUUGUUAUCUUUUUAUGUUGUUGGAUUUGUAAAAGUAAAGUUGUUAGGCAUUACAAUACGUAUUUUGCGGUUUCUUGGAGCAGCUUUUGUUUGAAAAGAAGAACAAUCCUGAAUGAAAAUAGAAUAAUUUGGUA